UUCCCUUUUCAAUCGUGUUCCUCAUUGCUUUGUGGGUCCCUUGCACUUACUCUAUCGCUCAGUUCAUUUUAAUCUCGAUACUCAUCAUCAUGACAGCAAUGAAGUUCUUCAUUUGCUUCUCUCCAUGGGGGACUCAGGCGCCCAGGCCUUAAGCUAGCAAGUAGCCGGAAGUCUCUGGCUGAAAUUUUCUUGGGCAUUAAAGAGCCUAACAACAUGCUUCGCCCAAACUUUCUGGGGGAUACUCUCAAAUUAAUGACAAGGUUACUGCUAUUCCUCAGUGUCUUGAGACUCGGUUAUGCAAUCACAGAUCCUGAUGUGGAAGGUGAAGCUUUGUCUGAAGUUAGGAAGGCUCUCCAUGAUCCCAACCAUCAAUUAGCUGAUUGGAAUUAUUUUUUUGUGUCUGCAUGCGUUAGUUGGUCCCAUGUCACUUGUAGAAACGGACACGUUAUAGCCCUGAGCCUUGCUUCAUAUGGACUUUCUGGAACAAUAGCUCCUUCAAUAACCAGAUUGAAAUAUUUGGCUAGCUUGGAGUUGCAGAACAAUAAAUUCUCGGGCCCGUUACCUGAUUAUAUUGCCAAUCUGACACAACUUCAAUAUCUCAAUCUUGGAGACAAUCAUUUUAGUGGUUCUAUUCCAGCUAGCUGGGGCAAACUUCGAAGUCUAAAGAAUCUGAUCUUGACAGGGAACGAUUUAUCCGGACCCGUACCAGACACUCUUGCUAAUAUCAGUGGGUUGGCAGAAUUGGAUCUUUCAGCUAAUGGCCUGACGGGAGACAUCCCAAUGCAACUCUUUUCAGUUCCAAGCUUCAACUUUUCAAACACACACCUUCGUUGUGGAUCUCACUUGGAGCGACCUUGCGUUUCUAAUUCUGCUAUGCCAGCUUCCACCAACAAAUCAAAAGUCGCAGUGGUUGUGAGUUUUGCUAGUUGUGGUGCAUUAGCACUUCUUUGUCUCGGGGCUAUCUUUGCAUAUAGAUACCGUUUCAUACAAAGACACAAAAAUGAAGUCUUCUUUGAUGUUUCAGGUGAAGAUGAGAGCAAAAUUUCUUUGGGACAACUGAGAAGAUUUUCCUUGCGAGAGUUACAACUUGCCACUAAAAAUUUCAGCGAAAGUAAUGUGAUAGGCCAGGGAGGCUUUGGAAAAGUUUACAAAGGAGUACUUUCAGAUAACACUAAAGUUGCUAUCAAACGUCUAGCUGACUGCAAUAAUCCUGGAGGAGAGGCUGCAUUCCAAAGAGAAGUUCAACUAAUAAGUGUUGCAGUUCACAGGAAUCUCCUUCGCUUAAUUGGAUUCUGCACAACCUCUACUGAGAGAAUCCUUGUAUACCCUUUCAUGGAAAAUCUAAGUGUAGCAUAUCGCUUGAGAGAUUUAAAACCUGGUGAGAAAAGCUUGGACUGGCCAACAAGAAAGCGCGUGGCUUUUGGUACAGCACAUGGCUUGGAGUACCUGCAUGAGCAAUGUAUUCCCAAGAUUAUUCACCGGGAUCUAAAAGCUGCAAACAUCUUAUUAGACGACGACUUUGAAGCUGUACUUGGAGAUUUCGGGUUGGCUAAGCUUGUUGAUCCAAGACUGACCCAUGUCACCACUCAGGUGAGAGGCACAAUGGGACAUAUCGCCCCAGAAUAUCUGUCCACAGGAAAAUCUUCAGAGAAAACCGAUGUCUUUGGAUAUGGCAUAACGCUUCUUGAACUUGUCACUGGUCAGCGCGCCAUAGACUUGUCUCGCCUUGAAGAGGAGGAGGAUGUUCUUUUGCUUGAUCAUAUAAAGAAGGUACUGAGAGAGAACAGGCUAGAGGACAUAGUGGAUAGGAAUUUGGAGAGUUAUGACCCAAAAGAAGUAGAAACAAUAGUUCAAGUAGCACUGCUUUGUACACAAGGGAUGCCAGAGGACAGGCCAAGCAUGUCAGAGGUGGUGAAUAUGCUUCAGGGUGUGGGUUUGGCACAGAGAUGGGCUGAGUGGGAGCAAUUGGAAGAGAUCAGUAAUCAGGAAUCCUCAUCACUUUCUCGUCACUUUGCUUGGGUUGAUGAAUCCACUCAUCAAGAGGCUAUACAACUUUCCACUGCAAGAUAAAGCCUUCUUUUUGCAGUCCUCAAAUUUUGAGCUUGCAAUUUGUAAUUUGAUUGAAACUAAAGCUUAUACACCUCACAAACUGUUAUAGGCCUUAUAGCAAGUCUUCAUAUAGCCAAUACAAGUAAGAAGAAAAGGAUUAGGGAUUACAGAGAUCACCUGUUAUACUAAAGGAUGAGUCCAGGCUAUCAAUGAUGUACAUAUUGUUUACCACAAUACAAUUACUUUCUCCACAGAUUAUAUCUGUCUUUCAUAA